AUGGCUGACCAGGAGCUCAAACAAUUCCAGGAAGAGGUCGAGGCCGUCAAGCAGUGGUGGAAGAACCCCCGCUUCGCCAACACCACCCGCCCAUACACUGCCGAGCAGGUCGUCUCGAAGCGAGGCACGCUCAAGCAGACCUACCCCUCGGACGUCCAGGCCAAGAAGCUCUGGAAGACGCUCGAGGCGCACGCCGCCAAGGGCACCACCUCGCACACGUACGGUGCGCUCGACCCCGUCCAGGUGACCCAGAUGGCCAAGCACCUCGAAACUGUCUACGUCUCGGGCUGGCAGUGCUCGUCCACCGCCUCGUCCACCAACGAGCCCGGUCCCGAUCUGGCUGACUACCCUUACAACACGGUGCCUCUCAAGGUCGAGCACCUCUUCAUGGCGCAGCUCUUCCACGACCGCAAGCAGCGCGAGGAGCGUACCAACCUUUCGCCCGAGCAGCGCGCCAAGACGCCCGUUGUUGACUACCUGCGUCCCAUCGUCGCCGACGCCGACACGGGCCACGGUGGUCUCACCGCCGUCAUGAAGCUCACCAAGCUCUUUGUUGAGAAGGGUGCCGCCGGUAUCCACAUUGAGGACCAGGCGCCAGGCACCAAGAAGUGUGGUCACAUGGCUGGUAAGGUGCUGGUGCCCAUCCAGGAGCACAUCAACCGUCUCGUCGCCAUCCGUCUUCAGUACGACAUUAUGGGUGUCGAGAACCUCGUCGUUGCGCGUACCGACUCGGAGGCGGCUACGCUCAUCACCACCAACGUCGACGAGCGCGACCACGCCUUCAUUCUCGGUACCACCAACACCAGCCUCGAGCCCCUCGUCGACAUUCUCAACCGCGCCGAGGCCGAGGGUGCCGAUGGCCCCAAACUCAUUGCGCUCGAAGACGAGUGGAUCUCCAAGGCGCAGCCUAUCCGCUACGGUGACGCUGUCGCCGCCGAGCUCGAGAAGAAGGGUAAGAAGGCCGAGGCCGAGGCUUUCCGCAAGGAAGUGAUUGGCCAGUCGCUGCUCAAGGCCAAGGCGAAAGCCAAGAGCCUGGGUGUCGAGAUCGGCUUCGACUGGGACGCCUGCCGAACUCGCGAGGGUUACUACCGUUACCAGGGAGGCACCGACUGUGCCAUCAACCGAGCCAUCGCCUUUGGCCCGUACGCUGACCUGCUGUGGAUGGAGACCAAGUCGCCCAUCCUGGCACAGGCCAAGGAGUUUGCCGAGGGUGUCAAGGUAGCGCGCCCGCAGCAGUGGCUGGCGUACAACCUGUCGCCUUCGUUCAACUGGGACGCUGCCAAGCUGAGCACCGAGCAGAUGAAGAGCUACGUCUGGGACCUCGGCAAGUUGGGUUUCGUGUGGCAAUUCAUCACGCUUGGUGGUCUGCACUCGAACGCCUACAUUUCGGAUUUGUUCGCCGCCGGAUUCGCCAAGGAAGGCAUGAAGGCCUACGUCGAGCUGGUGCAGCGCAAGGAGCGCGAGAUUGGCUGCGACGUGCUCACGCACCAGAAAUGGUCCGGAGCCAACUUUGUCGACUCGUGCCUCAACACCGUGCUCAAGGCGGCUUCUACGUCGGCCAUGGGCAAGGGUGUGACCGAGACGCAGUUCAAGUGA